CUCCAUCUCAAAACUUAAACAUCCUCACUUCUGUUCAAACAUCGUCAGGUCUUCAUUGAUCCUGUCAGUCACGCCCUCUCUCUCCUACUACCAUGGCCACGACCACACUUCCUCGCUACGCUCUACGGCGGCAACUCUCCCUACCCUCAAGAACCCGGGUAGCGCACAUACCCUCUCACAUCUCCCAGCAGCAGCGUCGCCGCGUCUCCGCAUACGGCUACGAACAAGCCAAAGCCCUCACCUUCCGCGACUACGGCGAGCCCAGCGACGUCCUCUCCCUCCACUCCCACUCAAUCUCACCCGCCCACUCCAACCUCCUCACCCUCCGCUUCCUCGCCUCGCCCAUCAACCCGGCCGACAUCAACCAGAUCCAAGGCCUCUACCCCAGCAAACCCACCUUCACCACCUCCCUCGGCACCCCCUACCCCCUCGCCGUCGCCGGCAACGAAGCCGUCGCCCAAGUCCUCUCCACCGGCUCCGCCGUCUCCGCCCUCUCAAAGGGCGACUGGGUCAUCAUGAACCGCCCCAGCCUCGGCACCUGGCGCACCCACGCCCAACUCCCCGAGUCCGCCGUCCUCAAAAUCGACAAUCACGAACACCUCUCCCCCAUCCAAGUCGGCACCGUCAGCGUAAACCCCUGCACCGCAUACCGCCUCCUCCGCGACUUUGUCCCCCUCACCCCAGGCGACUGGUUCAUCCAAAACGGCGCAAACUCGGGCGUCGGCCGCGCCGCCAUCCAGCUUGCCCGCGCCUGGGGCUACAGGAGCAUCAACGUCGUGCGCGCCCGCCCCGACGACCCCGCCGCCACAGAUGCCCUGCGCGCCGACCUCACAAGUCUAGGCGCCGACAUCGUCGUCACAGACGCAGAGCUCCAGGCCCGCGACUUCCGCGACCGCGUCGCCGAAUGGACGCACGCCGGCCGCGAGCCGCUCAAGCUAGCACUCAACUGCGUAGGCGGCAAGCCCGCUCUCGCGCUGGCCAAGCAGCUCGCCCCGCACGGCUGCAUGGUCACGUACGGCGCCAUGGGCAGGAAGCCGCUUGAAGUGCCCGCCUCGCUGCUGAUCUUCAGGGAUAUCCGCUUCGCUGGGUUCUGGGUUAGUGAGUGGGCGGCGCGGCAUCCCGGGGAGAAGAAGAAGACGGUCGAGCAUGUGUUGAAUUUGAUGCGCGAGGGCGGGUUCCGCGAUGCGCCGGUUGAGCGGGUGGAGUGGGGGUGGGAGACGAAGGGGGAGGAGCUGGUGCGGAGGGUGGAGGGGACGUUGGAGGGGUUCAGGAGUGGGAAGGGCGUGUUUGUGUUUGGGGAGGAGUAG